ACUACGCUUCUCUUGCUCACAUAUUUAUUUACAAGCUUUUCCAUAAUUUUAGUAUUUUUAUGGUGAUUUAAGUUAGAUAAACCUAUUAAAAAUGGAGUUGAUAUACUCCAUGAGACGUAAGCCUUUAAAAUGCGAGCCGCCACACUUCGAAAGGGCGGACCCAGAGACUGUGCGACCACUAGUUACGAUAUCAUCUUGUAAUAUAAUAGCGUUUUCUUCACCGACGGAGCUUCAGGACGUGGAGAGCGACACCUGGGGCGGCCAUGUGUACGUCUGCGACCUGGACACGCCCUGGGACAGUCACAAAGUCGUCAGCACUACACAUCCCGUGUCAGCAAUAGAGUGGGACAGCGAGGGCCGGCAGCUGCUGGUAGCCACCACGGAGGGUGAGGUCUCCGUGUUCGGGCAGAAGGACUUCCUGCUCAACGAGUGGACCUGCCAGUACACUGCCAACUUUCCCGGCGAGCGCAUAAUAAAGGGUAUAUUCUUCCACAACGGGCGUCGUGUUGUCGCCACUGAUAAGAAGCCAGACGCACCACUCACUGACAAGUUCACCACCCUCAGAUGCACGCCCACACUCAAAGGGUUUGGCGGGUUGCCAGUCCCGGGGGUGUGCGUGAUCACGUCCACGGGGCUGGUGGGCGCCGUGACCAGCCCGGGCGCAGCCCCGGCCCCCGCGGCCGCCCCCGCUGCCCCCGGCGCCGCCAGCAGCGCGGCGGGAGAGGCGCCCCGCGCCAUGUGCUCGCUGCGCCAGCACCGCGACCACGUCACGCACGCCAGCAUUGCGCAUAAGAACGGCAGCCUGGUGCUGGCGGCGGUGUGCCGCGGCGGCCCCCGCUGCGUGGUGCGCUGCGCGGCGCUGUCCGUGUCGCGGGGCGCGGGCGCGGCGGGCGGAGCCCCGCUGCUGGCCAUCCAGCCGCUGCCCAGCGUGUGCUGCCCCCACAGCGGGCCCGUCACGGCUAUAACCUGGUGCCAGAAUGAGGACACGGACUCCCUGCUGGUGGGCGCCGGCUCACUCACCCUCUGGAAGCUGACGGAGAGGUCGCAUGCCGUGCACAAGAUGCUUGCUAAAGGUCCGGUGCAGGGCAACACAACACCAGGGGGAGGCUCCAAACCAGCUACAGACUGUUUCAAUACUCUCAGCUGGCAUCAGACAGCAGUGUGGGCCGGGUCGGGCUCGCUGUGCACCGGCGUCGCCAGUGGGCGCCUGGCGCUGUCGCCGCCGCACGCGCUGCUGGCCACGCCUCGCAAGUUGCAUCUGCUGGCCCGGGACGACCACCACUAUAUAUGUUCCCGCGUGGUGUCAACCGGGCCCGAGCCGGCGGCCGCGUCGCCGCCCAAGAAGCCAAAGUACAACAACGGAACUCCAUCGGUGCGUUGUGUGCAGGGCGGGCCGCUGUGCGGCGCGGUGUGCGCCGUGGAGGUGUCGUGGCUGGGCGGCGUGGCCGUGGCCGUGGACAGCCACGCGCAGCUGCACGUCUACCGGCUGCCGCAGCCGCACCCUGACAUACCUACGCCGCUGUCCAUCCAGCAUACGAUCACCCUGCUGGAGUAUUCGCUGGUGUCCGGGUACGACUGUCUCGACGUGCUGCUCACCCUCAAACCGAGCAUCGUUGAAGCUGUAUACGAAAGAGUGACGGAGUCGUUCCAGCGGCAGCCGGCGGCCGUGCAGCAGUACUACUACCACUCCUGGCACAGGAUGAGGAUCGCGCUCUGCAGGUUGCUCCCAACAGCCGCGUCCAGCGUGUCGUGGCUGACGUGCCUGUCCACCCUGUGGGCGACGUGGGCGGCAUGCACGGCCGCCGCCAGGGUCGACGACCGCCCCGACGACAAGCUCCUGGCACUGCUUGACGACACACAUGCUGACCAUGAUAAGGCGUUGCUGGCGCUGGAGUCGAAGCCGGAGCUGCCCAGCGAGCUGCAGGUGCUGUCGGCGCUGCGCCGGCCGCUGCAGCGGGUGGUGGACAUCGCCGUCACCGCGCUCGCCACCGCCUCCACGCAUGCGCCGCACAGAUACGAGUUGUGGGCGGACCCAGUAGGGUUGUCCCUCCUUCGCAAACUGGUGGUGCUGGCGCGGGGGGCCGGCGUGGCUGAUGCGGCGUUGUCCAGGCUAUUGGCCAGACUGCAUCAGCCUAAACCUGAUCUCAUUGAGGAGUGCCACUCGCUGGCGGCCAGCUGCGCGGCGCGCGUGUGGGAGGCGCUGCCGCGCACCACCGUCAGCGGCCCGCACGCGCGGCCGCCGCCGCACCUGCUGGAGUACGGCGUCCCCCCCUCCGCGCUGCGCGUGUGCCCCGAGCCUCCCCCCGCAGCGCACACCGACUACACGCCCGCCGCGCACAUGGACUCCAUACGCUACAUGUUCGUGCCCGCGGGCGCGGCGCGGCGCUGCGGGCGCUGCGGGGCGCGCGCGCUGCCGCAGGCGCAGCCCGCGCGGCACCCGCUGCAGCGCGCGCACGACGCCCGCCACCUGCGGGGCUGCAGAUGUGGCGGCAAAUGGACUUUAGUGUCUAACGCGUAACACUAUCGUAACCGUAAUCGUAAAGUUGAUAAACCAAUGAGGAACUUUCAAGUUUACGUUCCCCAAAAAUAAUAGGUACAGAUGGCGCUGUCCAAAUUCAACGUGAUAAUUUCCAAUUUUCUCAUUACUCGAGUACAAAAUAAGAACCAUAUAUUAAAAUAGUUGUUGCUUGAUAUUUGGGUCAGAUUAUGUUGCUACCUGUUGUGUGUGUAUACCUAUAUUGCUUAUCUUUAUUUUUAUCAGAAUAAUAAUGGGUGGAAGAUGUAAUUACCCCACCACCUUAUGAUCAUUUCGACUAACAUCCGUCUUGCUUUUUUGUAAUUGUUUUAGUGGAAAUUUGAUAUGAUGUUGUUGUCUUUCUUUUUGUGUGUGGCGUCCUUUCAUAAUAAACUAUUUCUAUUCUA